GUGUGCCUUUUCCGUCGGGGUCCCAGGUGUCAGUCUUCAGUAGAAAUACGAAGAUACAGUAUCGUUUCGUCACUUUAAAAGUGUUCAAGUUUGAGAGUAUAAAUUCUAGUACGACUGCUGGAAGCAGUAAUUGGAACGCGUGUCCCCUUCCCGGUCUCAAACUCGACGCGCAGGAAGGAGCGCCAAUGUGGUAGCCGUUCGGCCCCAUCAGCUUGUGGGCUUUCCAGUGAUCUUUGUGUGACUCUAGCAAAGGACCUUCGGGGGUCGAAUAUGAAUGCGGAUCCCUCGGACUACUCGGACGAGGAUCACGGCGACGCGGACCGCUCGAUGCACAGCUGCAACAGUUCCCCGUCCUCGUACAGCAUGCACACCGACAGCGAUGAGGACACCUGCACCGAGAUACUCCUCCCGGAGCGGGAGGCCAAGCCGAACAGCGCCGACCAGGACGACUUCAAGUACGAGGUGCUGUCCGUCACGCAGAUCGUCCAGCACCAGUGGCAGAUCAUCGACGAGGUGAACAGCGUGCUGAGCCUGCCGCCGCAGAUCACCCGCUGCAUCCUCAAUCAGUACAAGUGGAACAAGGAGCGGCUCUUCGAGGAGUACUUCGACAGCAGUCCGGAGGAGUUCUUCCAGCGGGCGCAUCUCGUCAAUCCGUUCACCAAGUCGCCGGCCCACGUCAGCUUCGGGGGCAACGGCGUGGGGGGCCAGGAGGAGGACAUCUGUGGCAUCUGCCUCUGUCCCAGCGACGACCUGAGGAGCCUGGGCUGCGGCCACAAGUUCUGCAGCGAGUGCUGGAAGCUGUAUCUGGCCCAGAAGACCUUCGGCGAGGGUCUGGGCCACAGCAUCGCCUGUCCGGCGGAGGGCUGUGAGAUUGUCGUCGACUACGUGUCCUUCCUGAUCCUGGCCGACGACAGGGAGGUGAUUGGCCGCUACCAGCAGCUGAUCACCAACACCUUCGUGGAGUGCAACGCCCUGUUGCGCUGGUGCCCGGCCCCGAGCUGCUGCCGAGCGAUUCAGGUCAACAAUCCGGAGGCACGCGCCGUGCGCUGCAAGUGCGGCCAUCAGUUCUGCUUUGGGUGCGGCGAGAACUGGCACGAGCCGGCCAGCUGCUCCCUGCUGAGGCAGUGGCUCAAGAAGUGCCGCGAGGACUCGGAGACCUCCAACUGGAUCGCCCAGAACACCAAGGAGUGCCCCAAGUGCAACGUGACCAUCGAGAAGGACGGCGGCUGCAACCACAUGGUCUGCAAGAACCCCAACUGCCGCUACGACUUCUGCUGGGUGUGCCUCGGCUCCUGGGAGCCGCACGGCUCCUCCUGGUACAGCUGCAACCGCUUCAACGAGGAGGAGGCCAAGAAGGCCCGCCUCGCCCAGCAGCAGUACCGCUCCACGAUGGCCCGCUACCUGCACUACUACAACCGCUACAUGAACCACAUGCAGAGCCGCCGCCUCGAGCACAACAUCUACGCCAAGGUCCAGGCCAAGAUGAAGGCCAUGCGCGAGACCAUGACCUGGUUCGAGGUGCAGUUCCUCGAGGAGGCCGUCGAGGUGCUCUGCCAGUGCCGCGUCACGCUCAUGUACAGCUAUGUCUUUGCCUACUACUUGCGCAACAACAACCAGAAGAUCAUCUUCGAGGACAACCAGCGCGACCUGGAGAGCGCCACCGAGAAGAUCUCCGAGUGUCUGGAGCGCGAGAUAACGGCCCCCAAUCUGCAGAGCAUCCGCCUGAAGGUCCUCGAUCUGUCGCACUACUGCGAGCGGCGGCGCUCCGUCCUGCUCUGCCACGUGCGCGAGGGCAACGAGAAGGACUGGUGGGAGUUCACCGAUGACCCAGCCUGCACACAGCCUGCUGGCCUAUAAACACCCAUGCCCCCCCCCCCCCCCCCCCCC